AUGGUUCCACACCUUGGCAAAAAAAAGAUAAAAACGGUCAGCAAUCCGGUGACAGCAAGGAUGGUUCCACACCUUGGCAAAAAGGAGAUAAGAACGGUCAGCAAUCCGGUGACAGCAAGGAUGGUUCCACACCUUGGCAAAAAGGAGAUAAGAACGGUCAGCAAUCCGGUGACAGCAAGGAUGGUUCCACACCUUGGCAAAAAGGAGAUAAGAACGGUCAGCAAUCCGGUGACAGCAAGGAUGGUUCCACACCUUGGCAAAAAGGAGAUAAGAACGGUCAGCAAUCCGGUGACAGCAAGGAUGGUUCCACACCUUGGCAAAAAGGAGAUAAGAACGGUCAGCAAUCCGGUGACAGCAAGGAUGGUUCCACACCUUGGCAAAAAGGAGAUAAGAACGGUCAGCAAUCCGGUGACAGCAAGGAUGGUUCCACACCUUGGCAAAAAGGAGAUGAGAACGGUCAGCAAUAUUUGUUCAUCAUUGUAA